GGUCUGUGUAACACCUUCUCUUUUUUUGGUCACUCCCAAGUACGCUUAAAAUCUUGUGUAAACAGGAGAACCGAAUGGGAGUCACUGUACUGUCCGUCGAGAAAAGACCGUGUGGGAUUAUAAUAAUAAGUUUUAGUGGCUGGUGUGUGAGAUUUACAUGGAGCUGGUGUUAAACAGCACAACAUACGGGUCCUGUGGUGACCAUAGCUACUAACCAGCUGCGGCUAACUCAUUAGUUUGCGGAGCUAGCUUAGCUAAACCGUGGCGCCGAUAUCAGACUUCACUCAGGAUUAUAUCUUUCUGUGCGUUAUUUAUUUGACUACAUUACAUCGAAAUACAAAACGAGAGCUGGUUAAGAAAAAAAGCGUACAAUGUUAGCAGGAUAGUAAGGAGUUUGUUAGCUCGCUAGCUAGGCAAACUUGGCUAAGGUAAAACAGUGCUGCGUUAGCUAGCUAGCUAGCUAGUUAGUUAGUUAGCAAUCGGAAUAAACGUCUGCUGAAGACCGGACAGCUAGUUUACAGCGUGACAUGGUAAACAACACACUUGGCAAGUGCACUCGUUUUUGCUAGCUAGCGACUCUGAAGCCAUGUCAUGGGACAUGUAUAGGUAGCUAGUUAGCAGUGUAGCUUUAACCAAGGGUCGUGUUAUUUAAAAAAAAAACAUAUUUUAUAUAUGUGUAGUAAUCCUCGCAGUAAGCGACAAGCUAAUUAACGUCACGAGUCAGCUAAGCUACACAUCGUGCUGUUUGGGUCUGAUUUGGUGGAGUGUGUGUGUGUGUGUGUGUGUGUGUGUAGAGCUUCAUUACUCCCCCAUGACCCACACUGGCAGUUGUGUUCAUCCAGCUGUGCCACCGGAAUAACAAUGUCAGACAAUCAGGGCAACGUGAACAACAACAACGUGCCUCUAAACAACAACAACAACAACGGCGCGGCGAACCGACUCCGGAACCCGAACAUCAACCAGAACCCGCUCAUCAAUGUGCGGGACCGGCUCUUCCACGCUCUCUUCUUUAAGAUGGCAGUCACAUACGCCAGACUCUUUCCUCCGUCUUUUCGCCGGGUUUUCGAGUUCUUCGUGCUUCUGAAGGCCUUGUUUGUGCUCUUCAUUCUGGCCUACAUCCACAUUGCCUUCUCUCGUUCACCCAUUAAUUGCUUGGAGCACGUACGUGAGAAAUGGCCACGCGACGGCAUCCUGCGUGUGGAGAUUCAGCGCAACUCCAGCCGCGCUCCCAUAUUCCUGCAGUUCUACGAGACGGAGGGAUUCCAGGGGCUUGUCAAAGAGCCGGACAGGGACACCGAGGACACCAGCCGAGUUCCCGUUCACCAAGAGGAUGAGGAUGAAGAGGAGAUGACGGUUGACAUGUUCGACAACAGCUCUGUGAGGUUUGAGCUGGACAUCGAACCGCGACUGAAGCCUUUGGUGAACGAUGGCGCCCUGGGCUCAGGCUCGAACGACACCCAGGACCUCUCCUUCAGCCAGGCUCCCUCUAAAGGUAUGCAGCCGCUGAAGGAGACUGUCUCCGAGAUUGAGAUGCUUACCAGAGCAGUGUGGCCUCAAGAGGAAUACAUAGUGGAGUAUUCCCUGGAGUAUGGUUUUCUGCGGCUGUCUCAAACCACACGACAACGUCUUAACAUUCCUGUCAUGGUGGUUACCCUGGACCCAGUAAAGGACCAGUGCUUUGGAGAUGGAUUUAGCCGCUUCCUCUUGGACGAGUUCCUUGGCUAUGAUGACAUACUGAUGUCCAGUGUUAAGGCUUUAGCAGAAAAUGAGGAAAAUAAAGGAUUCUUGAGGAAUGUGGUAUCAGGAGAACACUACCGUUUUGUUAGUAUGUGGAUGGCACGUACUUCCUACCUGGCUGCCUUUGUAAUCAUGGUGAUUUUUACACUCUCUGUGUCCAUGCUGCUCCGCUAUUCCCACCACCAGAUCUUUGUUUUCAUAGUGGACCUCCUGCAGAUGCUAGAGAUGAACAUGACCAUUGCAUUCCCGGCUGCUCCUCUUCUCACUGUAAUCCUGGCUCUUGUGGGAAUGGAAGCCAUCAUGUCUGAGUUUUUCAAUGACACAACUACAGCAUUCUAUAUCAUUCUCAUCGUGUGGCUGGCGGAUCAGUACGACGCCAUCUGCUGCCACACCAACACAAGCAAGCGCCAUUGGCUCAGGUUCUUUUAUCUGUACCAUUUUGCGUUCUACGCAUACCAUUACCGCUUUAAUGGGCAGUAUAGCAGCCUGGCUCUUGUCACUUCUUGGCUCUUCAUUCAGCACUCCAUGAUCUACUUUUUCCAUCACUAUGAGCUGCCCGCCAUUCUGCAGCAGAUCCGCAUCCAGGAAAUGCUGCUGCAGAACCAGCAGGCUGCUCAGGGCAACCAGACAGCGCUGCAGGACAACUUGAACAACAACACCACCACCAAUGCUGUGGCACAUGCUGGCAGGCCAACUGCAGCCAGCUCAGUCACUGCCAAUGGCCAGGAGCGCCAGUCAACCCUGGCCCAGCCACAGGCUGAAACUUCUAAUGGCCUGCCUACUCCUGCACCAAGUGAUCAGGACUGGAUGUCCGAGACGGCAGCCAUCAUCACAGAUGCCAUCAUCACGGAGGCACUUUCAGCCCCACUACUGGAGACUACAGCAUCCACUGCAGGCAUCAGUGUCGCACAGAGUGCAGCUAUGGCAGGAGAGAAUCAGCAGGGGAGCGAAAGAUCAGCUGGACCCCAAGAAGGGGGAGGGAAUGAUGAGGCAGGAGCAACUCCUCACAUCACAGACUGCAGAGAGGCAGAGGUGGACAAAACAGACAUGCGUCAAUGGGACGCCAGAAAAGAGAGCGAGAGUCACACUGAGCCAGCCACACCCGGCCCUCACACCGCCCCCUCCUGAGCUCAGCUCUCACUCGGGUUCAAUUCCAAACCCCAUAAUUCCGCCUUUUUACUUCUUCAACUAGCAGCAGCAGAGCUUUUCACCCUAAAUGCAUCCGUAAAGUGUCAAGGAGGAAGAAGAGCACCAACAGCGAUGGAGCGCAAUGUAAUCACACCCUGAAAAGGGGUGGGGGGAGUAAAUGUUUUCUUUUCUUAAGGACUUGAAGUGAAAAUGGAUGCUUUUUGAAUUAUUUUGAAAAUACACCACAUGUGGGGUGUGAUCAUUCAGAGAGUAACUGUGUGUUUCUUUUCUUUUUCUUUUCUUUUUCUUUUUUUUUUAAAAGAUGAUUGAUUAGUGAUUGGUUUCUUUAAACACUGGGUGUGUUUGUAUACAAUAAUGUGUUUAACAAUGAUAGUACUUCUGAUGGCAUAUUGGCAGUCAUGUGGAGCUCAGCAUCGACCUGUGUUAUCUAAAGGAGCAUCUAGUCUUUAUUGUAUCCGAUGAUUCAAGCCAAGCAGCGGUUAAUCUUUUGAUUAGAUUUGAGUUUUUGAGGUGUAAGGUUCUUAUGCAGUAGCAGACGACCCAGUGUAAUGUUGAAACCAAGCUCUCACCUGGAAAGUAGUCUACCUUGUGAAAGUAUAGUCUUAGUCCAUGAUGCCUUGAAAAUUUGUUGUAUUUUAAGUGAUUUUUGAAGACUACACUUAGGUGUCAAGGACUGAUUUUUGAACUCCUUUCUUAAGGAAAAAAAUCCUGUUUGGGACAGAUUGCUGAUCUUUACAAUUACUGCACUAAUUUCUUUAUGAAACAGGUAAGCUCAGUCUGUUUUUGUGCAAUUCCAAGAAGAUCUAUAAAGGUGCCCCAGUGAAUUUUGUCUGGUUAGAGAGCAAGUCUCGUAAUUUUCUUGAGAGUUCCUCUUUAUUUAGGGGUACAGAUAUUUUGUUAAGGCUAUUAAUUCCUUCAGCUUUGGGCCUUCAGUUCAGGGUGUUUCAUUUGCUGGCUUUGAGAUUGGUUGCCUUUAGCAUGUAGUACUAUGAACCUGUUUAAUAGUGCUAUAAGGUUAUACCAUAGCUCUAAAGCCUUCUCAGAGUGAACGUCUUAUUAAUGUGCUUGAUCAUUUUUGUUGCGCUUUGCUUAUGUGUAUGUAUUAAUUGCAUUAUAAAAAGCAGCCAUACAAAUGGGUACAUUUUUUCCCAAAACCCAUAUUACAAAAGAUAUUAUUUCUCCAUCAAAUAGUAACUCUCAUGGAAUGUAGGAGUACAAAAAUAGCAAAACAUUUUUGAUACUCCCAUGGGUACUGCAAGGCAUACCAAGACAGAGUUCAAUGUUUAACAGUAAUCAAGACACAAUGGGUGUCACAGAAGAGAAGGAGAACAUUAUUUAACUGCCAUUCAAAAUGUAUGCAAAAUGAGUCAGUCAUUAUGCUAGUACCAGUAAGAAAAAAAAAAAACAAGCAUCGUAAAAGCUCAGUGAAUAUUUUAUGUGCAAAUAGAUCAAAAAGCUUUUUAAAAGUGAGUGAAACAGAAUUAAGAGUUGUAUGCUUUAUAGAUCAUGCCUAGAGGGACAGAUAAAGCCAAUUUAAAAAAAAAAAAUCUUGCUUUUACAAGUUGAGUUAAUUGACUACAACGAACUUUAUUCUGUCAAAUAGAUUAAGCUUAACGUGUCACAGAUUGUCUCUACUCUUUGGAUGAGAGAAGACUGGAGGAAACUGUGCAAUUUCUUUGGCAGGGUUUCAUUCAAAGGCUAUGCAACAAAUGACAAGGUAAACGUCAGCGGCUCUGGGAAGAUGGUUUUAUCCAAAACGUGUGCAAUAAGUCAAGUCAGUUUGAGAGAGAUUUUCAGCAUGAGUGCUCCGCAGAUGAGCUUUUAUGAUCGAAUUUCUUUUUUUUUUUUUUUCUUUUUCCUGUGCCUAUUUGCCGUUCUGUGUCAGAAUGCAGGAUGAUGAGUUUCUAUCCAUUCAUCAUAGACGAUGAAAAUCCACAGUUCUGUGAUGAACUCAAUUUGCUCUUUCAUUCAGUUGUAUUUAAAUGUAAAAACGAAAUGCAUAAACAGACAAAAGGAUUUUCCACUC